AUGGACAAGAUAAUUGGAGGACUCCCAGGUACAGUGGCGUACCUAGAUGAUGUGUUGGUUGGUGGAUCAUCCCGAGAGGAAGCUCUAACAAGAUUGGAACAUGUUCUGCAGCGACUUCAAAGCUAUGGAGUUAAGCAGAGUAAACAAUGGGUGUUGUCUACUGAUGUAUUGGUUCACUAUGACGUGCAAAAACCUUUGAUUUUGACAUGUGAUGCGAGCCCACGGGGUGUUGGAGCAGUACUUUCUCAUCUCAUUGACGGUGUGGAAAAACCAAUUGCGUUUGCCUCAAAAUCUUUGAGUGCAAGUGAAAAGAAUUACUCUCAACUUCACAAAGAAGCGUUGGCGCUUGUGAUUGGAGUCAAAAAGUUCCAUAAAUACAUUUAUGGUCGUUCAAAUGUUGUGUUGCGGACAGAUCAUGCACCUUUGGUUGCCAUUUUUGGAAGUAAGCGAGGAGUGCCGUGUGUAGCUGCGGCUCGUCUUCAACGCUGGGCGUUGAUUUUGUCAGCCUAUAACUUCGAGGUGAAGUACAGGCGUGGGGUGGAUCUCCCUCAUGCUGAUGCCCUUUCAAGAUUGCCGCUGCCCAAUGAUGAGACCAUGGAAUUGGAGGCCAAUCACCUCUCUCACGUGGAAAAUGUGGUGGAAGUAUUUAGCUGCUACAAAUUGUUGAGUGACGACACACCUAUUACGGCUAAAGAUAUUGCUAGAUUGACUGAUAGGGAUCCUGUGUUAUCAAAAGUAAGGGACUUUAUUUGGCACGGUUGGCGUUCGGCCGAUGAACCUGAGUUAAUUGCAUAUUUCAGAAGGAAGGAUGAACUGUCGGUUGACAACAAUUGUGUCGUUUGGGGAGCACGAGUAGUCGUGCCCGAAAAGCUUCGGAGUGCUGUAAUCCGAUUACUACAUGACCAGCAUCCAGGAAUAUCGCGUAUGAAAAUGUUAGCCAGGAGCUACGUCUGGUGGCCUGGUCUUGAGAAAAAUAUAGAGGAAACCGUGUCUACCUGCACUGUUUGUCAGUGCACUAGAAAUGCUGCCGUUAAGGUGCCACUGUAUCAAUGGCCUAGAACUACCAACAGGUGGCAGAGAAUUCAUAUUGACUAUGCGGAAGAUCCGCAAACUAGACAACAACUGUUAGUUAUAGUUGACAGUUUUUCAAAAUGGCUUGAAGUGUUUCUUAUGAAAUCAACUACAUCAUUCAAAACCAUUGAAAGAUUACGAACCUUGUUUGCUGCUUAUGGGUUGCCGGAAGAACUGGUAAGUGACAAUGCACCUAAUUUUACGAGUGCCGAGUUCAGGGAGUUUCUGAGUAGGAAUGGUAUAAAAUUCACCUUGUCACCCCCCUAUCACCCUGCGUCCAAUGGCGCAGCCGAAAGAUGUGUGCAAGAGGUAAAGAAAAAUCUGCAGAGGCAAGUGAUAGAAAGUCAAUUGGAAGGUGUUACCUUACAGCAUAAAUUAGACAACUUCCUGUUUGUGUACCGGAACACACCCAGCACAGUAACUGGACUCUCACCAGCCGAGUUGUUUCUCCAAUGGAAACCCCGAACAAAAUUGACCCUACUUAAGCCUAAUUUGUUGUCAGUGAUUGAUAAAAAGAAGGAACAGCAACGUUCAGCUGCAAACAGCAUCCGAGGUGGUGCUAGACAUUUUGGCAAAGGAGAUAAGGUGUGGGUGAAGACGGUCAGAGGGGAGCAUGUGUCCUGGGUUCCGGGAAAAGUGAUGGAGCAAAGAAGUCCUGCGACUUAUGUUGUAAGUGUGUUAGGCAAGGUCCGGUUCUGUCAUGCGGACCAUCUGCGUUCCAGUCUUCUGGGAGACGAAGAGGAGACUUUGGUGGAUAGGCGAAUUCUACAGCCAUCACCAGUCAAGGCAUCACCUCCGGUUAGGCCUAUUUCACCAGUGAAGAUACCUAGCCCUCAGCCAGCGGCGAUAACGCCCUCACAUCAGAGGCGAAGCCUGCCAGAAGCAUCUAGCCCUCUACCAAGACUUGAAGAAAGACAUGAAGUGCAGUCAAGCCCGCAACUUCUUAGACGGUCUCAACGGGCCGUUCUGCUUGCCUCUUAUGAGACUUUAGAGCGAAGAGGUGAGAUGCCCGUAGGAGGCUGGGGAAUAUUUGCCCUUGACUGUGAAAUGUAUUGGUCUACCAGGGGAUCUGAGCUAGGAAGAGUGACAGUCGUCAAUGCAGAGCUGAGGACUGUCUACGACACCUUUGUAAAGCCGGAGCUCCCUGUCACUUAA